AUUUGACCCUUGGUUGGCAAAAGUCCUCAUAACUGAACUGUUGUGGGGCAAACAACGUCUCUCAGGGCAGUCUAAGCCGGUCCAAACGAUCUUGGCCUAUGAACAAGUUUUGAAAGCUCACCUAAGCGAUUUUGAUAAUGGAUGAAGAUGUGGCCGCCCCCAAUGAGGUUUUCUCGCUACCAGCCCAUACUAAACAAGCGACCAAAGCGAUAAUGUUGCUACUUUUCUUCAGUUUUUUAAUGUUUACUUUGCCUUUUGGGGCCUAUUACGGGACUAAAUAUUGUCUUGAGGAGUACUGGCACAUGAGCGGUUAUUCUACUGUUGUUUGGUCAGUCUUAGCGGCUGUUGUCACAGUCAAUUUUAUUAUCCUUGUGUAUGCGUAUAUUGCGUAUCAUGAGCAAGAGUAUGAUGAUGAGGGCAAUCCUAUUGAGGAAUUAAAACAAGAUUAAAUUAAAGUAUUAUUAUCAUUCCAUUGAUAUUGUAUAAGGGCAGAUAUAGUGUAAAGUGUAAAAUAUGUAUGUAUAGUGAUUGUGUUUAAUAAAACUUGUUUUUUA